CCCAAGCAUUUCUGCCGCAUGUUGAUGUUUGUAGAUUUAUCAGUUUCACUGUCUUAAAUGUAUCAACUGGCUAAUACUGCAUGCGUGACCCACAAUUUUUUUUAAUCGUGAUACAAAAUAUAUAUAUAUAUAGAUAUAUAUAUAUUUAUACAAAAUGACGAAUACCAAUGUGAUGGACUUGUUUGAAAAAGGCAAAGUCCUAAAAAUAUGUGCUCCAAUGGUCCGGUAUUCAAAGUUGGCAUUCAGGUCUCUGGUGAGGAAAUAUGACUGUGACAUUUGCUUCACUCCAAUGAUAGUUUCUGCGGACUUCCUGAGAUCCAUCAAGGCCAGAGACAGUGAAUUUACAACAAGUGAAUCCGACCGCCCACUGAUUGUGCAGUUUGCUGCCAGCGACGCCCAAACGUUGGCGGAUGCAGCCUGUGCGGUAGCACCCUUCUCUGACGGAGUGGAUCUCAAUUGUGGCUGUCCCCAGAGGUGGGCCAUGGCAGAGGGUUAUGGGGCGUGCUUGAUAAACAAACCUGAACUUGUCAAGGACAUGGUUCACCACGUCAGAAAUCAAGUGGACAAUCCUAACUACACAGCCUCCAUCAAAAUAAGAAUCCAUAAGGACCUAAGGCAGACAGUGGAUCUGUGUCAGAAGGCAGAGGCGGCCGGUGUGUCCUGGAUCACGGUUCACGGUCGGACAUCAGACGAACGCCACCAGCCGGUCCAUUACGAAGCCAUCAGAACCAUCAAAGACAGCGUGUCUGUUCCCGUCAUCGCCAACGGAGACAUCAAGUACCUCAGGGAUGUGGAGUCCACCCACAAGCUCACUGGUGUCGACGGUGUGAUGGCUGCACGAGGGCUUUUGGCCAACCCAUCCAUGUUCGCAGGGUACGAGGAGACUCCCCUGGAGUGUGUGUGGGACUGGGUGGAUGUGGCCUUAAAACAGGGAACACCCUUCACCUGCUUCCACCACCACCUCAUCUACAUGCUAGAGCGGGUGAGCUCUCAACCAGAGAGGAAGGUCUUCAACUCCCUGGCCAGCACCUCUGCCGUCAUAGACUACAUCCACAACACAUAUGGCAAAGUGCCGUCAUGAGAGCAAACAAGACAUGUAUUGUGCUUUCUGUUUUAUUUGAAUGAAAUGCUUGUUUUAUACUUUUGUAUAAGAUGAUGUACUUUCAGACUAAUACUUAGGUGCUUUUCAAUUUAAUAAUAUAUUUAAUUUUCAGUUAAAUGAU